AUGCUACCCAGCAGAACAGUGUUGUUAACUGUCCUUCAUGUUUCCGCCCUCGCAACUGUGGGAAGCUUCAGCUGCCAGAGCCAGGUGUUGGGUAGAAGAUGGAUGCUUCCAUCCACGAGAUCACUGCUGUCUCCAUACCAUUACAGCCAUCGGUUUUGCAGAAAGAGCUUCAUCGCUCCAUUUCCGUGCUCGGACUCGCAACAAAGGAUUUCUGUCCGAGCUGGAUCGCGUGAUAUAGAUGCUGUCAAGGAGGGGGUUUCUUUCUUUCCGUUGCCAGAUAUCGUGAGAAACAAAGUCGACAUAGAGCAGGCGAUUGCAAGAGAGGACUACCAGCAGGCAGCGCGGCUGCGAGAUGAGAACCAGAAGAUGGUGAGCGGGGACGACUUCACUCGUUUACAGCAGGAACUCUCCGAAGCUCUCCUGGUCGAGGACUACAAGAGAGCCGCGCAACUGCAGCAAGAGCUGCUGGAGAGCCUGAGAGCUCGCUCUUCCAACCCGGUGAAGCUUGACAGGAUCGCCUGCCUUACUAGGGAGGGUCAGAUCUUCGUCGUCAGCCCCGAUGGAGCUGAGCGAGUCUCCCUCGCUGACUCCUCCGACUCCAAGACGCGAUACACCAUGCCCGUCUGGUCGCCGUCUGGUGACAUGGUCGCCAGUAUCGCCUUCACGGGCACUGCGUUAAACAGCAAAGUUGACUCGAAGCAAACGCUGACAGUGUUUCAGUCCCGGGACGGCAACUCGUGCUUUGCUCUCUCGCUCAGCUUCUCGCCAUACUGCCUGCAGUGGUCCAAGACAGGGACCAACAUCUGCUACAUCACGAGAACACACCGCAAGCAGUCUGAGAUUGUGUCUGUCGACAUCUUCCCUCGGCCAAGAGAGAAGGAGCUGACUCGAGCGAAGGCGAGCGGAGAUCGAAUGAAGCGAUCGAGCGACAACAUGAUGCAGCGAAGCCUCUGCGACGGGGAGCUGCUCUUCUUCUCCCAUCAGCUGUUUCCAGCUGAGUUCCCCAGCGACGUCUUGGUUCACUCCGGCAUCGACCGACAAGUCUUCCUCCUCCCUACGGACCCGCAGCUGCCCCGGGAUCCUCUUGUCCUCUCCAACAACAGCGGCUUGUUCGGGACUCCUCAGUUUCACCCACUCAGCGACCUCGUGCUGUUCGCCGAGGAAGUAGCUCCCCUGUCACAGCCUCCACGUGCCAAGGGGAGCGAGGAGGAGGAGGAGGGUAAGAACAGGCUCAUUUCGCAGUCAUUUCCCCGUCCAGUCGCGCGCGACUCUUUCGGGGUAGUGGGGCAGCUGAACUCUGCGUGGCAGAGGAUGCAGAGUGCGGGGCAGCAGCAGCUGGUGUUAGCGAGCAGGAGAGGAAGAAGGAAAGUGCUGGAGAGGCUGGAUGCAAGCAGCUCGUCCUUCUCCUUCUCCCCUGACGGCAACUCGCUCGCCAUCCUCGAGCGAUCUGCGGGGAAGGAGAAGCUCUCCGUCCUCAAGUUUGUGUGGGCUGGCGACCUCGAGGAGACUCGGUGCGAGGAUGAGGUGGUGAUCAGCAGGGUAGACGAGGACGGAGAGCAGCGGCGAGAGGCGGCGGGCAGGAGGAGAGGGGCUGAUGGUGAGGAGGAGGAUGAAUUCGACGGGGAGCAGGAGCGAGUGAUCGCCUUCUUUUGGUCACCCGACAGCUCCAAGUUACUCUACCUGACCGCGAGAGCUUCUGAUGUCAAGCUCUAUCACAAGAUGCAAGGGAUGGCUCUGCGAUGUCGAUGGAACGUCUUCAGCAUCGCCGAUGGCGUUUGCAGGACGUUUCCUGCCUUCUCCCCCAGCACUCUCUUCCUUGAUGAAGUCUUCCCCAAGUUCGAUCUCUUCGCCAACUCCUUCUCCCUCUGGUCUCCUGACUCCAAUGCCUUCUGCUACGCGGGGAGGAUGAGUAUCCUCACUUCUCCUGGCAUCGCGGAGGUUCAUGAGGGGGCCUGGGUGCAGGACUUGGAGAAGACGGUUCCUGUGCUCAUCCAUCCGACAGCCACCUUCGCAGCCUGGUCUCCAUGCUAG